AUGGUCAACUCUUGUGGCUCUGUCUGUUCUGACCAGGGCUGUGGUCAAGGCUUCUGUCAGGAGACUUUUUGUCAUCCCAGUUGCUGCCAGACCACCUGCUGCAGGACCACCUGCUGCCACCCCAGCUCCUGCCAGACUAGCUGGUGUCGCCCCAGUUGCUGUAUGUCCCGUUGCUGCUGCCCCAGCUGCUGUAGCCCCACCUGCUGCCAGACCACCUGCUGCAGGACCACCUGCUGCCGUCCCUGCUGCCGUCCCUGCUGCUGUGGUUCCAGCUGCUGCAGGCCUAGCUGCUGUGGUUCCUGCUGCUGUCGCCCCACCUGCUGCUGUCGCCCCACCUGCUGCUGUCGUCCCACCUGCUGCCAGACUACCUGUUGCAGGACCACGUGCUGCCGCCCCACCUGCUCUAGUUGUUCUUGCUGCUGA